AUGUCCAUAUCUACCCCUGCAGAGCUGGACGAGCUGAUUAAUAAGGCUACCAGUGCGUCGAUUCCAAAUGGUGAGCUGGAUUUGCCUGUGGCGUUAGAAGUCUCGGAUGUCAUCCGAUCCAGGAAAAUCCCCCCAAAGGAAAGCAUGAGGUGUCUCAAGAGGAGGAUUGGGGCAACAGUGACUAAUCCAAACACCCAGUUGAGCAGCUGGAAACUGGUAGACAUAUGUAUCAAGAACUGUGGGAUGCAAUUUAUUACGGAAAUAUGUUCUAAAGAGUUCAUGGACAUGCUCGAGCAUACGAUCUUGAAGCAAAAAAAUGAAUCAUACGAUAAAGAGAUAUUGGAUCUGUCCACAACCAUAGUCUAUGAGCUGUAUGUCACUUUCAAGAACGAUUCGCAGCUGGGAUAUGUCAAGAAAGUGUACGAGAGACUGAUAAAUAAGGGGGUCACUUUCCCCGAAGGUAUUGUUGCAAACGUCGAAUCCCAAAUGACUAUCUUUGAUUCCAAGACACCUGCUGAUUGGGUGGAAUCUGAUGCAUGUAUGAUCUGUUACCAAAAAAUUCUCUUUUCUAAACUAGGAGACAUCAUUGCCGUUCGUGUGGUGGUAGUUUACUGUCAGGACCAUUCCUCGCAUUUUAUCACAUUACCAGACUUAGGUAUCUAUGAUUCAGUUAGGGUAUGUGACAACUGCUUUGACGAGUACGACUCGAAGAAAACACCCAAAUCAGACAAGAAGAAGCACAAAAAGCACAAGAAGAAACUCCAGGAUAGCCAAGGGGAAGAACAGGGUGAUGAGGAUGUGGAGUUAAAAAGGGCUAUUGAAUUAUCUCUGAAAGAAUCGAGGGGAUACAGCGUUGAACCGAUUGUUCCUGUUGUCGAGCCACCCAAGACUCGUGAGGGGAACGAUAUAUCGGAGGAAGAAAUGGAUGCCGACUUAAAGGCAGCUAUCGAAGCAAGCCUUAAGGAGGCGGAAAACGAGAAAUUGAGAAAGGAACAACAACAACAACAACAACAACUACGACAAGCAGAACAGACACAACCAUCGUUUGACCUUAGUACUGCCGACGAAGAAGAUAUAUACCUGUUUGCCUCUCUGGUGGAAAGAAUGAAAACACAACCUAUAGCUGAAGUUUUAGAAAACAGACAGCUACAAAUGUUAUACGAGAAAGUAAUGAAAACAAAACCAAGGUUAAAUGUCGCCUUGAAUGACAAAAUUACAAAAUAUAACACGUUGAUUGAGAUGAAUGGGGAAAUUUCUGACGUGAUGAACAUGUACGAUGAUUUAUUGGAAGAGCAGCUGAAAUCCAUCAAUAUAUCACAACAGUACGCCAUCCCAUCACAGAUGGCCCCGCCACAGCCAUACCCGGCCUACCAAGUGGCGGAGGAUUUUCCGCAAUACCAUGCCCCUCCAUCAACCGUUCCCCAACAAGACGUCUCACACGAGCAACAGCAGUUCCAGCAGCGACGUGCCUUAGCGGAACAUCUGUCAAGUGAACGGAGGGAGCCUGCACAGGCACAACGGUCCAAAUUUACGGAACUCUCUGGUGUUUCGAAUAACCCCGAAGCCCCAUAUCCGGCAGACUCACCACAACUAUCUAAUGAGCCAUCUGAACCUGUCUAUCCUGAUUCAGAUGCUAUUGAAACGACAACGAACGGAACCGGCGAACAAAAUAAUGUAUCGACUGGCUACGUUCCAUAUCCACCGGAGUCAACUUACCACAAAGAGCAAACUUCCACGGAACCAACACAAGCGCUAAAGGAAAAUAUAACCUCAUUUGAUUUCCCGACGGUUCCUGUAAAAAAGGUUGCUCCCAAUCAUCUCAACAAUGAACAUGCCACCACUGGAACAGAAUCUUUGGUGGUAGAAGAGCCUCCGAAGGAAGAAGAACUGUUGAUUGAACUAUAA